CAGACGGUGCUUGCGUCUCUACUGUGCAGCCAUGUUCAGAGAAGCUGCACCCUUUCAAUCGCUGUAUUUCUCAAUUCAACAUUAGUCGUUCGCAAUACAUUGAAAUAUCUGUUGGAAUCGGAGCAAAUUAAGAUAUAUUUCAGGUGUUUUUAAUACUCUCUGGAUAACAAAAAUGGCGAAUACACCGACGAGCGAAACGCUUUUUAUUUUCUUGUUCAGUGCCUGCCAUCUGGUUUCGGGGCAAAUCCGUUAUUCAAUUCCGGAGGAGAUGGAGCACGGGGCCUUUGUUGGGAAUAUCGCUGAGGAUUUAAGGCUAAACAUUUGGGAAUUAUCGGCUCGCAGGUUUCGGUUGGUCUCCGAUUACAUAAGGCAAUAUAUAGAGGUAAAUUUGGAAAACGGCAAUUUAUUUAUUAAUAAAAGAAUAGACAGAGAACAGCUUUGUGGGCAAAACCCCACCUGCACCCUUGCUUUUCAAAUAGCGCUCAAUGACCCCAUGGAAAUGCAUCCUGUCACAGUGGAGAUAAUCGACGAAAAUGAUAAUUCGCCCAGUUUUGAGAAGGCAGAAUACUCGUUGCAGAUCAGCGAGUUAAUUGCAGCAGGAGCGCGUUUCCCCCUCGAGAGCGCGCACGAUCCAGAUGUGGGCACAAACACAAUCAGCACUUACCAAGUCAGUUCAAAUGCGCAUUUCGCUGUCAAAGUGCAGUCGAUGAGAGAUGGGAGUAAAAAUGCAGAGCUGCUAUUAGAGAAGCCAUUAGAUCGUGAGCAGCAGCAGACAUUUCACCUUGCACUGACGGCCAUUGAUGGUGGGGUUCCUCACAGAUCUGGCACAGUACAGAUUAUCAUCACUGUGGUAGAUGCUAACGAUAACCCACCAAUAUUCGACCAAGACAUCUACAGGGCAAAAGUACCGGAAAACGCCGAAAAAGGUACGUUGGUCAUAAAACUUGAAGCUGCUGAUUUGGACGAAGGCACUAACGCUGAACUGACAUAUUCUUUCACUAAUCAUGUUAAUAAAAGGAAUCGCGCGUUGUUCCACUUGCACCCGAAAUCUGGAGAAAUCAGCGUUCUAGGUAAAUUGGAUUUUGAAGAAUCGCCUGGUUAUGAUCUUGACAUACAAGCUGUCGAUAAUGCUCCGCCUGGAUUGUCUGGCCGUUGCAAAGUUGUAGUUGAUAUAAUUGAUAUUAAUGAUAACGCGCCCGAAUUAGACGUGACUUUGGUGUUAAGUGCCGUACGGGAAGACUCUCCUCCGGGGACUGUGAUAGCAGUGAUAAGUGUAACGGAUCUCGACUCCAGCGAAUACGGCAACGUUCAGUGCCAGAUUCAAGGAAGUAUUCCGUUUAAGCUCGAAAAUCCUAUGGCGAACACUUACACUUUGAUUACAAGUGACGUUCUCGAUCGGGAAACGGUACCAAUCUAUAACAUCACCAUUUCAGCCUGGGACGGAGGCUCUCCUCCUCUAGCUACAAGCAAAAUCUUUACAGUUUCGGUAACCGAUGUAAAUGACAACGCACCGACGUUUACACAAUCCUCAUAUAACGUCUAUCUGAUGGAGAACAACACUCCAGGCACUUCUAUAUUUGCUGUAACUGCGCUAGACGUUGAUUUGGGUAGAAAUGGAGAAAUAUCCUAUUCUAUUCUGGAGAGUAAAGGGCAAGAACAUUUGGCGUCUGUUUACGUCACGAUUAAUUCCAAAUCUGGGAACAUAUGUCCGCUGCGCUCCUUUGACUACGAACAACUGAAACACUUCAAGAUCCAAAUUCAAGCUCAAGAUGCUGGAUCACCACCACUGAGCAGCACCGCCACUGUCACUGUGAUAAUUUUAGAUCAAAAUGAUAAUGCUCCGGUUAUUAUUUCUCCUUUGACGUGGAACGAUUCAGCCAUAGUGGAGAUUUCGCCUCAGUCAAUAAUUCCAGGUUACUUGGUCACCAAGGUUCAGGCAACAGAUGCUGAUUCCGGCCAGAACGCACGGCUUUCCUACCAAUUAUUGGAGGCUACUGAUUACAAUUUGUUUACUGUCGGCCUUCUUACUGGCGAAAUUAGAGCAACAUUGCACGUAAACGGCAAAGACAUGACAACGGAAAAACUGGUCAUCUGUGUGAAGGACAAUGGACAACCGAGCCUCUCCAGUACUGCCACAAUCGUAUUUUCAAUUUUGUCUAAUAUUACAGAGAAACCUUUGGAUAGAACUGACAAACCUUUGCCGUCGGAGUACUUAUCUUAUCUAAAUCGUUAUUUGAUCAUCAUUUUAGGAUCAACUUCCUUUCUGUUUCUUAUAACAAUUAUUCUUCUAGUCAUUUUCAAGUUGAAGCAAGAUAUAAGUGUUAAUGAAAACGACAACUCGACUGCAUGUUGUCACAAACGUAGGAAUUCGACAGAUAUCCGUAAUCGGGGAUACGCAACAAACGAGCCAAUUAACUAUACUAUGCCUUGUCAGACUGAAGGGUAUCGUUACACAGUGUGUUUAUCACCUGAAUCAUCGAAAAGUGAUUUUUUAUUUCUAAAACCCUGUCAUCCUACUUUGCCUUUGAACAGCAUGGGUAGUCAGCAAACCGGGACAAGAAAAUAAUUUAGAAGCAAAUGCCACACUGAAAAUGAAAGAGAAGUGGCAGCGAUGAAAAGUUACUGCUAUUUGGUGAGACAGUCGGUAAGAGUUUUGUAUUUUCUCUUGUCCCAAUGACUAUUUUUUUUGUUUUGCUCAGUAAAAAAGACCGAUCUUCGUACGUGUCCUGUCAACGUUCGCAUGAAUUCUCAAAAUGUUUGUUGCAAAUUCUGUAUUGAUAACGCACACAUCAUUGUAGUUCCUUGCCAAUUACCCUUUUGGAGAGUGGCAUAACAUGUACAAAAAGCUGAUUUGAAUGGGAAAUAUAAUUGUACAGCCUGAAUAAAUUAAUCAUUUACAUUUAAUGUCUCAAAAAUCUAUA